CUACAACACCACAGCCGUCACUCCGGAUAGAAAGAAUAACAGCGGGGCCCCUAAGUCGACUCCUCCGUAGCCCCUGUUUCAUUCCAUACGCCCAGUGGUAGAAACCUCUGUGAAGUGUCAAUUCACCGCCCGCAAACUCGAAAUCUUGGCACUGGUCCCGUGCUUCAACUUUUGAAGCUCACCAGCCUCCAACCUCACCUUCUAUGACCAUUUAGCAACCUCCACAACACUCACUAUGGCGUCUGCGGUGAGAGGCCCUCCCGGCGGAGCAUGGAAGACGUAUCCACCGAACCGAACUCUCUAUUGCAGCAAGCUCCCGAGCACCAAGUUCCUCAAGGGUGACAUCAAACGUAGCCUCUACAUGCUGUUCGCCACCUACGGCGUCGUCUUGGACAUUAUCCUAAUCAAAGUGGGGAAGAUGCGCGGCCAGGCGCAUGUCGUGUUCCGAGAUAUCGAGUCGAGCACGCAGGCGAUGCGUGCGCUGCAGGGGUUUAAUUUCUAUGGGACGGAGAUUCGGAUUGCCUUCGCAAAGGGAAAAUCGGACGUCAUCGCUAAAAUGGACGGAACCUUCAAGCUCCCCGCCAAAGAGCCCGAAGUCGAGACGACCGAUCUCCAAAAAGCUGUCUUCGGAGGCGGCGCAGUGCCCGCCAAAGCGGUUCCGGCACAAGGUCCAGAGGAUAGCACCAAGGGUAUAAAACGCGGCAGGGAGGACGAAGAGGAGAGUGACGACGAGGGUGAAGCUAUGGACGUGUCUGACUCUGACUAAAUUAAAAAAUUAAAAGGCUGGGAAGUUCCAUGGGCCGGAGAUGUGAAUAGGGUUCAAUGGGGUAAAGCAGAGUUGUCCAUUCCAAAAUCGCCCCAAUGGUCGGGUAUGUGUUUGGAUGUGAGCCUGCGAUAGAAUUCGGAGCAUACGUGGAAGGUAUAGCCACA